GGGGAGGGUGAGGAGGUGGCAGGGAGAGGAGGAGCAGCCACUGUGGUCCCUGCAGCAGUGAGGAAGAGUGAGGAGGAGGCAGUGAGAGGAGGAGCAGCCACUGUGGUCCCUGCAGCAGUGAGGAAGAGUGAGGAGGAGGCAGGGAGAGGAGGAGCAGCCACUGUGGUCCCUGCAGCAGUGAGGAAGAGUGAGGAGGAGGCAGGGAGAGGAGGAGCAGCCACUGUGGUCCCUGCAGCAGUGAGGAAGAGUGAGGAGGAGGCAGGGAGAGGAGGAGCAGCCACUGUGGUCCCUGCAGCAGUGAGGAAGAGUGAGGAGGAGGCAGGGAGAGGAGGAGCAGCCACUGUGGUCCCUGCAGCAGUGAGGAAGAGUGAGGAGGAGGCAGGGAGAGGAGGAGCAGCCACUGCCAGCCAGCUGCCCACAUCUUUGCCACCUCAGGCACCAGCCAGACAGCCUUUGGAGAAGGAAGAUGAGGGUGAAGCUGGGACUGGUGACUCCAGCCCUGACACUGCCAUGCUCGCCCCUGGGCUACCUACAGCAAAGGCAUUUCCUGGCUCUGCUGCCAGGCCUGUCAAUGCUGCCACUCCUCAGCCAGCUCUCCUCAGCACUGCAGCUGUCAGUGAUGCUGAGAUGCUUCAUGGCAGAGGUCUAAGCCACUUCCUUCCAAGCCCAGAGGGACCCUUGUACUCUUCUGGCAGCCUGGUGGCACUUACCCCCCCGGGGAGCUCCUCUCUGGGUGCUGCACACACUGAGCAGUCUGAGAAGCUGAGCACAGAGGCAGAGGAGCUGGUUGGGACAGAUGAAGCAACAGAAGAAGCAGCUGAAGGCUUAGUAACUGUUCUAACUCUGCUGGAUUUGGAGCCCAGCCUGGCUGAGUCCCACCAGAGGAGGAGGCUGCAGCCAGGAGCUGCCAUCCUGAACGGCCUUGCAGUUGUGAGCGACGACAGCUGCGGCUCCGGCAACUACACCGCGCAGAUGAGCUUGCAGCCCGUGGCAGAGGCAGGGCUGGAGGUGGAGGAGUUGGUGGCUGCCCAAGAGACUUACCUGGCCCUCAUUGCUGUGCAGAGCAACAGCAGCCAGCCCCUGCUGCAGGUCCAGUCGUGCUGUGUGACUCCUUCUGCCAGCCCAGGGGCCCCGGGAGCCGUCUGCUGCUUGUUCCGCAGGCUGCCGUUUGAGUGCAGGCACAUCCAGCUGCUGCAGAGCAGCCUGCCCAGCUCUGCCAGCUUCACCAUCCAGCUGUUCCAGAUGCUGAAUCACUCCGUGGCUUACUUGCACUGUGAGCUUAAUGUCUGCCUGCAGGGCAAAGCAGGAUGUGAGCAGGACUGCUUUGGAAGCAUGGAGCCACUUCUGCAGCCAAGUGACAGGAACAGCCAUGGGAAGCUGCACAACCUCAUCUCCUUGGGUCCAGUUCCCAGGGUGAGCAGCAGGUCUCUCUACAGACCCAUGGAAGGUCCUGACUCUGCCAUGCUGCUACCCAUUCUGCUGGGGUCCCUCACUGGCUUUGCCAUCUUGGGCACUGCUUUCAUAAGCCUUUGGCUGCACCACAGACAGAAAACCAAAAGCAUCUCCCACCCACAGCUCCAGGACCUCCGUGGUCUGUGAACUCUGAGCCUGGCCCUGCAGUCCCACGGAUCAGAGGAGCCCCUGAGCUUGCUUUGCACAGUGCAUUGCUUCUGUAGAGCUGCUGCUGGCCCAGGGAGAGAGAAAUCCCACCCCUGCCUCCUGCACACCUCCCCUCCCUUCCUUGCCUUCUGCAUGAGCAAGUCCAGAGCAUGCAGAGGAGAGAAAGAUUUGUAGUCGUGGUCCAGCUCCAAGGGAGGCAUCAGCAAGUGACUUGCACUGAGGGGUGGCAGCUGUCUGCUGGGGGCCAUGGUCAAGAGGUUUGGCAACAGCUUCUUUGGGGGGGAGCAGCUCAGGGAAGGGCUGUUCAGCAUCCACCUUGCAGUGUGUUAUUUUCAUUACAAAUCUAAUGAAGCCUCUCCUGGAGAACCUUCUCCAACAUAGGAGAGGCAGAGUGGGGCCAGGAAGGAGCUGCUGAGUUCCCUGGCAAGUGGAUUGCUGCUUUUUAUGCUAGGGGAGUGUUUCAGGCUGUAUUAAGCAGUGGAGAUGUUCCCUUUCCUCACCUUCCACCAGCCCAGGUUGCUCAAGAGCUCAUCCUUGAAGACCUUCAGGGAGGAGGCAUCCACCAGCAGGCUUGGAGCAGCUCUCCUGAAAGCUUUUGGUGUCCCCAGAGGUUGCUCAGCAGCAGGCAGAGGAGAGAAAGAUUUGUAGUCGUGGUCCAGCUCCAAGGGAGGCAUCAGCAAGUGACUUGCACUGAGGGGUGGCAGCUGUCUGCUGGGGGACAGGUUGGGGGCCAUGGUCAGGAGGUUUGGCAACAGCUUUUUGGGGGGGA